AUGAGGCAUCCUGCUAGAUUGCCUAGUAGUUUGUAUAUUUCCAAAUCACUAGUGAUCUUGAACCUGAAUGACGAUGUUCACAUCGAUGUUCCUCGCAUGGCAUGUCUCCCCUUCUUGAAAACUUUGUUCCUUCGACGUGUGACUUACUCAUAUGAGAAUUCUCUUACGAAACUCCUUUCCAGUUGCCCUGUUCUUGAAGAUCUGGUGUUGGAACGAAGUGAAUUUGACUAUCUUGGAACAUGGAAGGUAAUUGUCCCCUCCUUACAGAGACUAACUGUUGAGAUAUUAAGAACUAAUCAUUUUCGUGAGCUUUUGGUAAGAACUCCUUCUUUGAAGUAUUUCAAAAUUAUUGAUGACGGUGCUAGUGAGGAUGAUAAUUACUCCUUUGAUUCUAACACUAUGCCCAACCUGGAGGAGGUUUAUAUUGAUUCCGUAAACCUUGGUUUGGACAAGUUUGUUUCAUCCAUCACAUAUGUUAAGCGUCUUACAUUAUGCAUAAGAGUCGAUGCCCAAGAGGCGUUAUAUCGUGCGGGUAUUGUCUUCAAUCAUCGUAAACAUCUGAAGUUGUGUCAAUGUGAUUCAAAUUGGUCAAAAUUACUUGCCCGGUUACUCAACGACUCUCCUAAUUUACAAGAGAUGGAGAUCUAUCAGCAUGCUGAUCAUGAAAUGAGUCUUUUCAAUCCAUGGGUUAGCUGGGAGAAUGAACUAAAUUGUGUUCCUAAAUGUUUGUUAUCGACUCUUGAAACUUUCAAGUGGACAAAGAUGAUUGCGACGGAGAAAGCGAGUCAUCUGUUGAAAUAUAUCUUUAAAUAUGCUUCUCGCUUAAAGACUGCGACAAUCGUGUUUGAGAAUGCUCCAGAGGUGACUGUCCAGGAGAUUCCAAUCACUUUUAGUUCAACAGCAUGCCAAUUCGUAUGUAAAUUUGAGUGAGGAUUUUUAUCAGUGCCUGUUUUCGUUUAUAUGAACUUUGAUGAUCUUUUGAUGAACUUUCAUGAUCUUGUUGUUUUAUCUAGACAACCUUUGCAUAAUGAAUUUUAUCUAGACAAAAAUAAAGUUAUUUGAUCA